GUCAAAAAUAAUUUGGUAGUUGUGUAGUAUUUGGGUUUCGUCAAAGUAAAAAUUUUAAAUUAUACUAUGUCUUUAUUAAAAAGUAUCUGGGAAUGUUUACUAAGCCCGCGUUUAUACAAAUACCAGGAAACAACUUGGAAAGCCUACGAGCCAAAUGGUUUUGAACGAUGGGGAGACCAUGUCAUCACAUCAUUUGCAACUCUAUGGUCUCUAAGUAUCUGGGCAGUUCCCAUCAUAUCGCCAUUUAUUUUCCGCCGUAAUUAUUCAUUGGUAGAAAAUGUUUACACACUUUCAAAAUUUUUUGCUGGCGCGGGAGUUAUUUUCAUAGCAUCUUUGGCAGUCAGAGGAUAUGCUAGAGCUAAUAAUCCCACGUAUAUUAAAUUUAUUAAGACCUUGACCAAAGCACAGCGAGCUUACAAUGAUGAAUCUAAAGAGGCUCUUCUUAAAUAUGAUUUUGAAUUCUGGGCAUGGCCUGCUGAUUUCCACGUCCUUUCAUUAGAAAGGCCAGAUGGAAAAAAAAGAAUAGUGUUACAAAAAAAUUCAAGUAGAUCGUCUAGAAGAGGAGGUAAAGAUUUAAUAAUUGCAGUACCUUGUAAAAUAGUAUCGUAUAUUGUUGCCAAUACUGUUGCUGUAAAGCUGAUGUACCCUGGCAGCAUGACUGUGAUAAAUUUAGCGAUGAGAGCGACAAUGCUGCAAGGUAGAAUGGAUCUGCUGGACGCCGGCGGAAAGAGAUCAAAGCUGCGAACAAUAAAUAAAAAUGACAUCGACACGAUGUUUAUUGAUCGACGUCACAAGUCAUCUAACGGUCAUAUACUUGUGAUAACUUGUGAAGGUAACUGCGGGUUCUAUGAAACAGGAAUUGUAACAACGCCUAUGAAUAAAGGAUACUCUGUUCUUGGAUGGAAUCACCCUGGCUUUGGUGGUAGCACUGGGUCGCCGUUUCCCGAGGGUGAAAUUGACGGCAUGGAAGCUGUGAUGCGAUACGCUAUUGAAAAACUAGAAUUUCCUGAAGAAAGAAUAAUAAUUUAUGGCUGGAGUAUCGGCGGUUACACGGCCACGUGGGCUGCGAUGAAUUACCCGGGUAUUCAUGGCUUAGUUCUUGACGCUACGUUUGAUGAUGUCCUUCCACUGGCUAUUUCGCGGAUGCCCGCGGCGAUUGAUGGCAUCGUUCGCACAGUUAUCAGAGAAUAUUUGAAUUUGAAUGUCAUUGAUCAGCUGAAAGGUUACAAUGGACGUGUGCUCCUGGUUCGUCGUACUGAUGAUGAAAUAAUGUGCACACCCACAAGCAAUUUGUCGGAUAAUCGCGCGAAUAUAUUGCUCACUAAAUUACUCAUGUAUCGGUAUCCUUAUUUAUUUACUGACUGCAGAGAAAGUCUGGAGGUCCUGAAUAAAUAUCUUGAGCAUCCUACUCGUGAUGCCAGUAGUAAUUCGACUAAAUCUCUUGUUGUCAGGACGCAAGGACUAUUUAGCAGCGGUAAUCCUAUUAAUGAAAGCCUUUGUCUAGAAAAAAUAAUUAAUAGUUUGGAUAAAAAUAAUGAGGUCAUAAGUUAUCCGUCAAAUUUAGGUGAAGAUUGUGAUGCUGAAACUAAACAGCAACUUGUUAUUUAUCUUGCAAAUAAAUAUAUGGAGGAUCAAGUAUCUCAACACUGCUCUCCCCUAAUAACUGAUCUGUUUCAUCCAGGAUGGAAUCCUCGAAGUAUAUUGAAGCCCAAGGCUACGUAAUAACUGAUGAUGAUAUUAAUAAUAAUAAUUAAAUUGAGUAUGUUGUGAUUUUACGAAAAUCAGGGGAAACAAAAAUAACCUUCCUCGUUAUUUUCUUUUUGCAUUUGUCGGUUUGUAUUUUUUAAAAAUUGUAUGGUGGUGUGCAUUAUAAAUUAUAAAUAUUUAUUUCCACGAGAGUCAGUAGAUAAAAAAUAAAUUUUAAUCUUUAAUUA